AUGCGGGGUACGGUUUCCCGGGGAAACGUAGUCUCGACUGUCCACUUCGUGCCUUCCCCGCAACAGUCAAGACUGCCCCAGACCAUGGAGAAAAAGCAGAGUGUCGAGCUAAUGGAGAAGGCUAGCGUCGAGAGCCCAUCCAACGAUGCAAACUACGAGAUCGAUCCCGAGGCUGAGCGGAAACUUGUCCGGAAGUUGGACUGGAUUUUGCUUCCCUUGUUCACCUUGAUUUUUCAGCCUUUUAUUGGCACAGCGAGACUAAGAGCACUCUCCAAACAGGCAAUGGACGUGUUGCAGUACAUCGUCGCAGACAUCCCCUCGAAUCUCAUUCUCAAACGUUACGGCUCCACUUGGCUCGCAAUCCUCGUUAUCGGCUUCGGUGUGGUCGCCCUUGGGUCAGCAUUCGUAACAUCCUACCAAGGUCUCAUCGUCACUCGAGUUUUCCUCGGAUUGACUGAGGGCGGGACCCUUCCUGGCCUUGUGUAUAUUCUUGCUCGGUAUUACAGAAGGAAGGAACUCGUUCUGAGGAUUGGUAUUUUCUUCGGGUUGUCCCCCAGUCUUGCUGGCGCCUUCGGUGGUCUCUUGGCAUCGGGCCUUCUGCGCGUAAAAGAUAUCGGCAUCAUAACCACAGUCAUCGGAAUCAUCCUCCUCUUCACGAUUCCAGGCGACCCAAGCACCACGCGCAUGCUCACAGAAGAAGAGAGGAAAUUGGCCAUCGCGAGGCUGGAUGCGGACCAGGCUGUCAAGAACCAAGGACGUAAAGAGAAGACGACAUUGAAACUCGUUAUGCGUUCCUUCAAUUUGACGACGAUCGUGUGCACACUGUGCUUUAUGAUGUUGAACCUCUCUUUCCAAGGACUUAGCGUCUUCUUGCCUACCAUCAUCAAUUCUCGCACGAUUCAAGUCCAACUUCGAACUGUCCCACCCUACCUCGUCAGUGCCCUCUGGUCCGUCAUUAAUGCCUACGCAAGUUUCCGCUUCCAAAACCGCUUCAUCGCAAUCAUCUCUUCUGUCGCCUUGAUGGUGAUUGGGUAUGCCAUCGCAGUCGGAACGACAGAUCCCCACGCACGCUACGCUGCGUGCUUUUUGAUGGUUGCCGGUGGAGGACCUAGUGGACCGAUGUUCAUCACCUGGGGCACAGAGAAUGCCGCUCCCGAUACUAUGCGCGCCGUCGUCAGCGCUACCAUCCCUGGAAUUGGAGCCCUCGGCGCUGUCGUCUCUGUAUGGACAUACAUCUCCACCGAUGCACCCAACUAUUACCGCGGGAACUCGGCCAACUUGGGCACCACUACCGCCACCUGUAUCAUGUCAGCCCUUCUGGCUUUAUACCUCCAUAGAGAGAACAAGAAGAGGGAGAGGGGAGAAAGGGACCAUAUAUUGGAAGGUAAAUCGCAGGAAGAGCUGGAGCAGUUGGGUUGCAGACAUCCUGAGUUCCGGUACCAGCUCUGA